AUGGAGUUUCGGCCUAGCUUGUCCGCACAACACACAUACAAGUGCCUCAUCCUUGGGGACUCUGGCGUCGGUAAAUCCACAUUUUUGCGCCGGCAUGCAACUGGACAGUUCGAGGAUCAACAUGUGCCCACACACGGACUCAAUGUGCACACGCUGCUACUGGAGACGAACUAUCAGGCCGUCGCGCUCGAGAUGUGGGAUAUUGCAGGCGAUUCUCGGCACGGAGGACUCCACAAUGGUUACUUCUUCUUCGCCAAAUGUGCCAUCAUCAUGUUCGAUUUGAGCGUGGCCAGCACUGCGGCCAGCGUGACACGUUGGCAGCAGCGCCUUAAUGAAAUCUGCGGCAACGAGCUGCCGGUGGUCGUCUGCGGCAACAAGGCGGAGCUAGAGCGCAUGUGCCCGGAGCUGUUAUUUCGACAGCAAGACAACCUUGACUACUGUGAGCUGUCGGCACGCGCUGCCUGGAACUUGGAAGAGCCAUUGCAGCUGCUCUGCCGGCGACUGCUGAUGCACAAGGACUUGAAGCUGAUCUCCCAGCCAGUACUUAAGCCCGUUAAGGAUUGUGACUACAAUAAAGAUGCAAUGAAGGAGCAGAUGGAUUCGGUUAUACAGAAAAUGUUGCCACCGAAGAUUAAAGCAAGUGAAACAUGCGAACCGAAUGAGGUUGGAGAUUUCAAGCGUUUUAUCGUCUUAAAUGAGGGCUAA